AUGCAAUCAACAGAAGAAUCGCUAAAAUGUGCAGCUGAAGCAUCCGGACAAUGGACAAAACUAGCAGACAAGCUUACAUUUGCAUUCAGUAAUGUCGAGGUUUUAGCUUCCAGUUUUACACAAACAUCUGAACGUCUGAAGCAGGAAUGUCCUAUCGACAAACAUCAAGCAAAGAAAGCUUUCGAAAUAAUGCAAGAGUGUCCUCCUGAAUUACUUUCAGCAGUUGCGAAACUCUUAAAGAAGUUACUACGGUCAAUGUGCAGCAUGGAAAAAGACAGUCUUCCCUUAAAACAUUUAAAUGUAUUCAUCAUCUUAUUUCAGUGCCCUUUGUUUAUUGCUGAAGAUCGACAACAUCAAGGCUUUAGCCUAUUACAGGAAUUGUGUGAGGCAAUUGCCAGCUUAGAAACCUCUAUCCAAGACCGCUUAAUUCAUCACUUGGUUGAACCUUCUUUAUCCGAAAAUAUGAUGGACGUAGAUGACGACAGUUUUAGCCCCUCUUUGAUGAUACACAGUAAAGAACAAUACGCUGAUAAAGUUCGAUCCAUCCUAAACAUAUUUCAAAAUUUCAUAUCUAAAAGGUUGAUUGCGAGCAAUAAUCGUAGCAUGUCAACAGAAACUGCAACAGCAACAUCGAAUAUUGUGGACCAUGCAGUUAUACAUGGUACCAAAUGCAUUGCUGCUUUAUACCGAUAUAACGAAUUACAUAAAUAUAUACCCUAUACAGACUUUUAUAAUGAAACAGUGAAUGAAGAACUUGAGAUUAAAGAAGACUUUCCGAAUUUCAAAGACAGAAAAGGAUUCUCAUUUUGUGAUUAUCCUUUUCUGCUAAACCCAGCCGUCAAAGCUGAUGUUUUAAAGGUAGAAAGUGUGUUUCAGAUGCGGCAUGAAUUGCAGGAUGCAUUCUUCCGGGCGCUAUUUCAAGGUGUCAAUAGUCCAUAUUUAGUACUAGAAAUUCGAAGAGAUCAUAUAAUCUCUGACACUUUAUUGCAGUUGGAAGAGAAGUCAAUACAUGAUUUGAAGAAACAGUUGCGAGUUCAAUUUCUGGGCGAAGAAGGAGUUGAUGAAGGUGGUGUCCAAAAAGAAUUCUUUCAGCUUAUUGUUAGAGAAAUAUUCGAUCCAAAAUAUGGCAUGUUCACCUUCAAUGAAGAAUCCAGACUAUGCUGGUUCACGCCAAACCCUGUAUUGGACGAAAUCAACAUCCGGGAAUAUAAGUUGGUUGGCUUACUGCUAGGGUUAGCAGUUUACAAUAGUGUUAUCCUUGAUUUACAUUUUCCACUAGUAUUAUAUAAGAAAUUAAUGGGUGUAGAAGACAUUCAUUUGAGCGACCUGAAACAGUUGGAUCCAAGUUUAGGUAGGGGCCUGGAGAGGCUUCUCAGUUUCGAUGGCGAUACAGAAUCUGAAUACGACCGAACAUUCCAAGUUGACCUGAAUUCUUUUGAUAACAUUUACACUUAUGAUUUAAAACCAAUGGGAUCGAAAAUUCAGUUGACUAAUUUGAAUAGUCAAGAGUUUGUGGAAUUAUAUGUAAAGUUUAUAUUGACCACAUCGGUAGAAAGACAAUUUGAAGCCUUCAAAGAGGGGUUCCAGUUAGUAUGCUCAGAUAGUGCGAUCAAGAUCUUUAGACCUGAGGAAGUAGAGAAACUGAUUUGUGGAAGUUCAGAUUUGGAUUUUGCUGCACUAGAAGCAGCAACAGUAUAUGAUGGUGGAUGGACGAGAGAAUCUGAUAUAAUCAGAUAUUUCUGGGAAAUAGUUCAUUCGUUCACGUAUGAAGAGAAGAAGAAACUUCUAUUUUUCGCAACUGGAUCUGACAGGGCACCGAUAGGAGGGCUUGGUAAACUCCAGUUUGUCAUUGCGAAGAAUGGCGGCGAUUCGGAUAGACUACCAACAUCUCAUACUUGCUACAAUGUGCUACUGCUCUGUGAAUAUAGUAGUAAAGAGAAGCUCAGAGAAAGACUCUUGACGAGCAUCAGUAACUCUGAAGGUUUCGGAAUGAUAUGA